UGUUUUGUAGUCGUUCUUUCCGAAGAGCUUAACAAGGCACACCUCGUUGCGUGACAUUUUUGCUUAAAAAAAUAUUUUAUAUCCAAAGUUAUAUUAAUCGGUAAAUAUUAUUUGCCUUAAAACAAAAAGCGAUAUUGUUACUGAAUAUUAAAAAAUAUAAAAAACAAAUAUUGGGAGUUUUAUGCCCUAUUAAAAGUAGAUAAUUUGGAUUGUAUACGUCGUUUGCAUACCUGUAAACUACACUACAUCCUAAGGUGUGGCAAAUAGUUUUUGAAAAUUUCAAAUUCAAUAAAAGUACAUCUUUAAAUAGUAUAUUUAAAACUAAAUCUUCCAUUUAAUAAAUCAACUAAAAAUGACAGAUUCAAUGAAAUUUGGUCCUGAAUGGUUGCGAAACAUGUCAGCCGAUACAACUUCCUCCAAUACAAAUACAAGUGGUCAAAUAAAUCCUGCGGGAGUGUUUGGAUCCGGUAACUCAGGGGGUGGUGGCAUAGAGGGAUCAACUGUAAACAAUACAAACAGUGGUACGUCAAAUCUAAAUUCUAGCAGUUUACAUAAUAAUGUAAAUGCAGCAAAUACUACAGCUUCACGUAACACAUUUCCCGAAUUUCGAUAUGGUAGAGAAGAAAUGCUAUUACUGUUUGAUAGAAAUUGCGGCAUACCUGAAAUUUUACCAUCAUAUAAAAAUCUUUUUGUGGAAAGAGUUCAAUUUCCAUUAGCUUUAGUGCCUAGCACAGAUGAAGAUAUGUUGCAAGGAUCUGCACCACCAACGCAAAGGCCGGGAUGGCUCCAACGAUCACCAGUUGGUUUCAGCACAACAACUCGUGGUACUGGUAGGGUCGGAUGUAUGGAGAGAGGUCGUAUGCGUGGAAAAUCUAUUUAUCAUCCUGUUUUCCAAAGACCAAAUGCCAUGUUUGAUGAUGACCAGCGUUCGUCUACAAUCAAGACCGAUCGGUCAUGGGCUGAACGAAAUGGUGGGGCAACCGCUGGCGAUCCGGCUGUGUCUGGUCCUUCAACAAUAGUUGGUGGAGGGUUGGGAGCGGAUGCUUGGAAUGGAAAUACGCCGGUAUCAAGUCCCCGAAGAGAAUUUAGCAAUCAUCCCAGAAAUAUGGAAAAUUGGCGACGUAGCCGUAAUGAAGAUGGAUCAGGUGGUGAGGCAUCAUCUGCUGCUACAUUUUCUGCUGAUGGUGGAUGGAGAAUGAACACAUCUGGAUUUCAAAAUUCUCAUACACGUUGGGGCAGAUCCACGAGUUGGAGAGAUGAUGAACUAGCAAAUAACAAUGAAAACUCAGGAAUGGUUGGUAGUAGUGGUGCUACUAUUGCCGGAGCUGGAGGUAUAAUGAUGAUGCGUUCAAAUUCAACCAUAUCAACAACACAAAGUGAACGUAUAGGACAAUCAAGUGUUUCGGGUAAACAAACAGGUGCACCUACGCGUUCAAUGUCUGUUACAUCUUCCGGAAGUAGAAACACGGUUAGUGGAAAUAUUUGGCCCAAUAGCGCAACAGUUGGGCAAAUGAACAAUAUUCAAGGUGAUGGUAGUGGUAACGAUGAAAUGGGUUUGCCAGAAUGGGCAAUGGAAAAUCCUUCAGAUAUUGGUGGUACUUUUGAUGCAAGUGGCGCUUUUCAUGGUGCGGUCGAUGAUGACGUACAUGCAGGAAAUAUCCCCGAAGAACAAAAUGAGAAUGAUUUGUCUGAACAAACUAACGAGGAAAAAAAGUCAUCAGAUGUAGAUGUUCAAGAAAAGAUAUCAAAAACUUCGGAUGACAAUUCCAAUAUAUCUACAAAGUCCCAUAAUUCAUCGUCAGUGAAAGAAACUGAAAACUAUCAAGAUUCCUCAUCUCCCUCGCCCACACCACCUAUUCCGGUUAACCAGGAAAGCAGUGAAAAUUCAGGUGUUAAUGAAAAAUCAAAACAAAACCCCAGCAAUAACACACGGAAUCAGGUUUCUCCAGUAGAUGUUGCACAGGAAAGUAUUUUUCAGAAAAGUAUUGAAAAUCAUUCUGAAAAUGAGUAUAACACUAAAGAAUCAGACAACAACGUAACUAAUACGAACGCGGGAGAUUAUGCAGAACGCAUGAUGAAAGUUACCGAUGACAUGAUAGAGAAAUUAAUAAUGGAUGAUGAAGAUACUAAAGACGAUCAUAUGAAAACGUCGAUGUUGUCGGGCGGCAAUAAAAGAAAUUCCCAACCAGUUUUUAUAUCAGCGCUGCAACAACCGCAAAACUCAAGUCAUCCAACAACAGUUUCCCCAGCGUUGGGAAGUGGGUCAGGACCAAGUUGUCCACCUAAUAUGUCUUUAUACAAUAUGGGUGGUAUUAUGGUUGAUCACGCUCACAACAUUGCUGCAUUACAUCAGUUACAACAACAACAAAUGGCAGCCGUAGCAGCCGCGGCCAUUGGCUUACAACCUACUCCACCCCCACCACAUCCUAUGACUUCCUCAGCUCCUACAGAUUUGUGGUUGUAUCGGGAUCCUCAAGCUAAAGUCCAAGGACCAUUUUCCGCUUUGGAAAUGACAGAAUGGUAUCGCGCCGGUUACUUUAAUGAAAACCUUUUUGUACGACGAGUUUGUGAUGUACGAUUCAGACCUUUGGGUGAAUUAAUUAAAAUUUGCAAUGGCCAAAUGCCUUUUAGUCAUAGCCAUUUGAUACCAAUUGAUUUGAACACAACACCUUUGACGCCACCUUUAGCCCCUGUAAUAUCCGCACAACCCUCUACACAAGCGGCUGAUUUUGUUAUUAAAACAUUAAAUGAACAGCAACAGCAUGAAAAGCUUAAAGGUAGUGUAACUGCUGCUGCUGAUUCCUUAAGCAAUGCCCUAAAGAGUUUAAUUAAUUCUGUAGAUAUUUCACAAGUUUUAAAUAUGCAUUUCCAAACACUUCAGGACCGUUUUAUACAUAAUCAGGAAAUUGAAAUAGCUAAUGAAUUAUCAAAAAAUGAGUGUUUCCGUCGAUUAAGUCCUGCUGAACAAGACGCUGUUGUCAGACAAAAAUUGCAAAUGAUGGUGUUGCCAGAGUAUCUUACAAAUUUAACAGGUUUAAGUAAUUCAUUGGCGGCUUUAAACCCAACUGCUGGUACGCAGUUGUAUGACACUAUUGCCGAGUGUACCAAGAAAGAGCAAUUAUUUAGCAAUCAUCAGGGCCAGCCACAAUCACAGACUCAGGUUCAGCAACAACAGCAGCAGCAAAGGUCUAACCACCAUGCAUCAUCCGGUACGCCAUAUAUAAAUGCUGAGGAUUUCAUUAUGAAGACUAAAAAUUCGGGACAUGACCUGAACAGUAAUGAUUUGUUGAAUGAAUUUAAUCUGAGAAUGUUUCUAAACAACGGCUCCGAUUCGGGUGCAGGCGGCAGCGGUGGGGUAGCAGCUUCUAAUUCGCAUGGUCAUGAAUUUUUAAGUGAUCAACAGUUGUUUGGGGCAGGUGCAACACCCACACAAAAUCCUCCAAAUAAUGCAACGCAAAGUCCAAUGAUGCAAAUGUGGAUGAAUUCAUUAGCGUCCAAUCAGACAAAUCAUCUUCCAAACCAACAUCCUUUGAUGGGCAGUCCUCAGCAAGCUGCCGGUGUAAAUAACCAGUGGCUUAAUGGACCAUUAGUAGGAAUACCAACAAUAAAUUUAUCACGGGAACAGCACGGUGGCGGUAACAUUAUGGGUUCACCGAAACCUACACCAGCUUCAAUGUGGGAUGUAGCCACCCUAGAGCAACAAGUUCAAGUUCAGCAACAACAACAACAUGAACAACAACAAUUACAACAACAAAUGCAGCAGCAAUCAUUUGAACAUCAGCGUCAUGUAAAGGAUGCCGGUAAACACCUUCAAGACCAACAGCAGCAAAAUAUUGAUAAUAAUAUAAACAAACAACAGCAACGCUCAGAAGAUAAUAAACAGGAGCAGCAACAAAUGUCAACAAUCGAACUACAAAAAUCACUUGAUGCUGUGACAAAGGUUUCUUCCUCAAAUGAUAAUAAUGGUAAACAAGAACCACAUCAACGCCAAGCACCAUUGCAACCAUCAGUUAAUGAAAAAACUCAGUCACACGUAAACAACAAUAAUAAGCGAAAUUCCACUAACAAUAACAACAAUGUUCUGAAAUCGGGUAACAAACCUAAAAAUGAAAAUGUUGAUCAGAUUUCAAAAAAAACUGAGGAAGAGCGCCGUCGUGAAAUAAAUGAAGAAAAACGUCGUCAAAAGGAGGAACGCAAACGUAUGCAGAUGGAAGAAGAGAAACGUCGUCUUAUGCAAGCUGAAGAAGAAAAACGCCGCCAAAUGCAGGAAGAAGAGAAGAGGCAGCAACAAAUACAAGCUCAAAGACGUAAGGCAUUAAUGAGCAGUAAUAAUUCUUCAGGCAAUAAUAACGCAAACAAUAGUUUAUUAUCUUCCUCCAAUUCUGCCAACAAUGUAGGCAGCCAGAAAUCUAAGGACCAACAACGUAUUCAGUCAUCAGUUGCUCCGUGGUCCACCCAAACCAUGACAACAAAAUCCCAAGGACCAGGUUUGGCUGAAAUACAAAAGGCAGAGAUACGCGAACGUCGUGCGGACCAACAACGCCAAUUAGAAAUUCAAGAAAAGCAGAUGCGUGCUCAUGAAACUCAAGAUACAGUUUUGAAGUGGAAUGCUGCACCUGUGCCUGUUAAAAGUUUUGCUGAAAUUCAAGCUGAGGAGGCGAAACGUUUGGCUCACGAACAAAUGGAAUUGCAAAGGCGUAAAGAACAAGAAGCACACAAUAAUCUCGUCGCCUUUAAUUCUGCUGGUACUACCGCCGCAGGGGGUCUUAAUAGUUCAUCGAAUAUUUCGAGCAUUUGGAGUGGUAAUAAAAUUUGGGGAACAUCUACCAAUGCUACUGGCUUUUGGGAAGAACCACUUAAAUUUAAUAAUAAAUCAAUGACUUCUGGUUUAUCCAAUAACAAUGUAAACAAUAAUAGUAAUGUAACAGGUGCUUCAAUUAUAUCACAAUCAUCGAAUUUGCAACAAAAGCAAACAACUUCUCAGCAGCAACAACAACAACCUUCUUCAUCCCAACAGUCUUUAAAUAAGAACGUCAAAAAAAGUCCAAGCGUUGCAGUAGGGCAAAAUACAAUAUCCUCACCAACAGGUAGCACAUCAGGCGGCUCAAACCCUCAAAGAAAACCGUCAAACAAUGCUGUACCAGCUACUAAGCAAGUAAAGUCUCAAAAAGCCGAUAAUAAUGGUGCAGUUUGUGGAAAUAAUGAAAAUAAGAAAUCUACUGUUAAAAACAGCAAUAAUACUAAUAAGAUUGAUGAUUACGAAGCAGAAUUUACCAAUUGGUGUACAAAAAGCUUAAAUAAUAUGAACACAAAAGUAGACGUGCCUACAUUUGUCUCCUUUUUAAGGGACUUGGAGUCACCCUAUGAAGUAAAAGAUUACAUUCGCAUGUAUUUAGGUGAAAGUAAAGAAUAUAUAGAUUUCGCCAAGCAAUUUUUGGAACGUAGAAGCAAAUAUAAAAACCUACAACGCGCACAAAAUGCUCAUGACGAUGAUUUAUGUAAGCCUGCCCAGGCUAUAACUCCGUCAGUCAAUGAUAACAGUGAGAAUAAGGGUAAACAGAAGAAGGUUAAGAAGAAUAAAAUGACAAAAUUGGAUGCACGUAUUUUGGGCUUUUCCGUUACAGCCGCCGAAGGCCGCAUAAAUGUAGGAGAUCGUGAUUAUGGAGAUGCUCCUUAAGCUUAAAAUGUGCUUUAAAAGAACGAGCAAAAGAAGUUACUUUAUUGUACUUCAAUUUAAUUUUAUUAAUUGUUAAACAUUAUUAUUUUUUUUAAUUAAUACUCUCAUUUUAUAAAACUAAACUUUUGUUGGAGUAAAAAAUUUGUAUGAAGAAUACUGGGACAUUUUUUAAUUUUCAAAUUUUUUCCAUACAACGUUUGUUGUUUCGUUUUAUAAAAUGGGACACUAAGUAACUUUAAAGAUUCGUUUUUAAAACACAUUUAAUAUUCUUCUUCUGGUUUAACAUUUAAUGUUAAAGUCCAAACACUAAUUACAGAUUCCUCUCUUUCAUAACAAGCAUUUUAUUAUUUAUUUUAAUAGAACUGUUAAUAGUGUUAAUCAAUUCAAUGGUACAUCUUUUUUCAAAAUUUUAUGUGUUUAAGUAAAAAAGUUUAAAAAGAAAUUUAAAAUGAUAUGUAUGUAAUUGUUAUAUUAACAGUGCAUUAAAUACUGCCAAACAAGUUCGAAAUAGUGUGGAUGAUUGAAAAUCGGAAAUAUAAACAUGAAAAUGUGUUCAUCUAUUUUAAGAAUUAAUUUCAUGUACUUCUUUUUAUUAGCUAUAAUUGGUACACUUGGGUUAUAACAUUUGCUAAUAUCAAAAUUUCAAUAGCAACCCCUUGCAUAGAAUGACAAGAUAAUAAGAAAUAUAAUUUUUUUUUGCGACCGUACGAAGCUUGUCUCAAAUUAAAAUGAUUGCGUCGCAAUAUUAUGAUUAAGAUGUAAUAUGUAAUUUUGUGAAAAUUAUUGAUAGACACAAAUUUAAGACAACAACAUUUUUGAAUUAAUAUGUUUAUCAUUUUAUUGUCCAGACAGUAAAGUUAAAAAGUUUUUGCUAUAGUAUAUAGUAGCCCAAAAAGUUAUAAUCAUGUUUCUUUUUUAAUCAAUAAUUUAAUUUUUUAUAUAAAUGAUCAUACAUUUUUUAAUUUAACUUUUUUGAAUUUAUAUAUUUUUAUAUCUCAUUUUUAAUUCUCAACUACUAUUUCUCAGAAAUGUAUACCAAUUUAUUAUUGAAAAUUACAAAUAAAAGCAUAUAGAAUACAUAUUUUUCCAAAAAUGUUUAAAAGUAAAAUAUGUGUGGGUCAAUAAUUGACUCGACCAUUACGUCCAUGUAAAAGGAACUACUUUCAAAGAUGUUAUUAUCCCACUUCUUUUAGCUUUUAUAUUAUUAUUAUUAAUAUAUUUUAAUGAAAUCAAAAACAGUAACAGCUAAAUUUUCGUAUAUAUGUGUUUUGGAAAAAACAUAACAAUAGUUUACAAUAUCAUUAAAGUAAACACACAAAAAGACAAAUGCUGUUUAUAAAUGAUUUAGAAUAAUUUUCCGAAUUUAAAUUCUAUCUACCAGCUCUUGUAUGUCGAACAAUGGCUCCUUCACUUUUUUAAAAAAAGUUGGGAACAUUGCCUUCGACUGGCAGUUAAUGUUUUUGAAAAUGUAAUUUUUCAUUCUACUUCCUUGUUAACAUUAAAUGAAAACAAAACAUAUGAAUUAAAUUGAAUUUCCUAUUAUCCUGAUUAUCUUGAUUUCGACUUUACAUUAAUGAAGAAGUAUAUUAAAAAA